AGGCGAGCCCUCAACACCAGCCAGGAGCUCCCUGCAAACUCUCCCCACAAAUAACCUCGCAGUAAUCUUAAUGCAAGACGGAAAAGGAGUCGUCGCCCGGGCUCUUUAUAUUUAAAAGCAAAACUUUAAUUCCUAAUGAAUGCGACAACUCAUGUAAAGAAAAUGAUUUCAACUAUUGCCUGUUUAUAAAGUUCGUUCUGUUCCGUGGCCGCCGUCGCUUGGAACACCGCUUAGUUUCCCUGGAAGAUUCUGAGGCUUUCUCAAGAACGCCGGCACUACCAAAACUUCAAGAGCCCUUUGAAUGCAAAGCAGCACAUUGUGUUCCAUAAUUGGUGACACGCGGGAUUCAGUUGUGUUGAAAAAAUGACAGGCAGUGUCUGACAGUGGUGAAGAAAUUCCAUCUAAAAGAAUGACUGUGAUCACCACCUGGCUAAACUAUCGAAAGCAACUCUUGUUUAAAUGUGUUGAAACACACAAGGAGUAUAUUUGGAAUUAGAGCUCUGUCCCAUGACAUUAUCCCUACUCUGGGUGUUCCAAACUAAAUUAUUUAAAAUGCCGCAAAAAAUUAAGCAUGCGGGCAACGUGGAAUUAUAAAAAGAGACUUCACAUCCAGUUUUAGUGCAGAGCUGCCUGUUAAUUAAGUUACCUGUGUUUUUAAUCUUGCAUGAGCAGCUCCCAGCAGUGAAAGAAAUGACUGGGACCUUUUUGUUCCUCCCAGUGAGCCAGUGUGUUAAUAGACUAUGACAAGCUAUCGACCUGUUCAAAAUGAAAAGGUGGAGGUUGGUGGAAUGGUAAUAAGUGGAGUGGACUUUGUUGAAGGUACGAACACACAUGAUUACUAUGCGUCUCCAUUCAGGGUCCAGAAUGGAAACAUUUGCCCUCUGGGUGACAAUGUACCCCGUGCAAAUUCAACUCCUGCCAUGCCAAAAAUGGGAGUCCGAGCUCGAAUUGCUGACUGGCCCCCGAAGCGAGAUGUAAUAAAAGAUGCUGCGAGGGACUUGGGUGGAUCAAUGGUGGACACUGAAUUGGCAAGUUUUCAUAGCGGGCAGUAUUGCCUCAACUAUGACAAUGCUUCCCAUCACCCUCAGGCCCGAGGCCUGCACCACACACCUAGAGGGAAGUCAAAAGAAGCAGAGUUCCAAGGUCACUGGCCCAGGUCUCCAGCCAAAAUGUUUGCUCCAUUGAGAGUUCGAAGUAACAGUGAAGUUACACUCAAUGAACAUGAUGCAGAAGGAGCCCUAGAGCUGAAAGGGAGUGGAAUGCUACCCUUGAGGGAAUAUGGUAGCACUUCAUCUAUAGAUGUUAAUGGAGUGUCAUCUGAAAGCUUUUUUGAUAUGUUGAAGGAGUUCAAAAAUGAAAAGAUCGAUCAACGGAGUUCAGUACCCGAGAACCUCAAGAAGCUCCUUCGGGCUGAUGUCAGCAUGUCCUCCAACCUGAACCUGGCAGGUAACAGCAAGACUGAUGACAGUCAAAGUGAAUCUUCUCAGAGAGAUGAACUGUCAAGCACGUGCAAGGAUAAAGAGAAAUCACGUAAAAAGCAGUCUCGGAAUGAAAGUGGUGAAUCAAUCUUGAAGAAACUGCGCAGCAACAAAAGUGAGCAUGAAUCUGGGAGAUCCAGCUCAGACAAUGAAGACAAUAAAUCCCAAGAAAGCACCAAGCCAUGGGUUUGUCCGAAGAGCUUUGCGCAUUUUGACGUGCAGAGUAUACUGUUUGAUCUCAAUGAAGUGGUGAACAACAGGAACUAUGUACCUUACCGGAGAAACACCACAACUGGUGCCUCAGCUGCAUCAGCUGCUUCACUUGCUGUGUCUCGUUCUCAUGUUCUGGGAGGCCCAGAUUCAAACUUCACUAGCACUGAGGAGGUGAAUGGCAAAGAGAAUCUGGAGCCAGAUCUUGGUGACAGCAAUUGCAAUGAUCUGCUCCUAAACUGCCCUCAUUUCCGCAAUGAAAUGGGUGGGAUUUGUGAACACAAUAUAAGCUUAUCAAAAGCUAGUAUGACUGCAGGUUGUGAAGGUGGAUUUCCGAAGGUGGUUUGGAACCCAUACUGCACAAAUGCAAGUGUUUCUGAACUAGAGGUCCCAAAAGAGAGGCAACUCCGCCAGGAAAGACUGAAGCAAUUCAGCAUCGAGCAUGUGGAUCGGGGAGCCAAAUACUAUCAGGAUUAUUUCCAUGGGAAAGAACACUGGAAUUAUUUUGGAGUGGAUGAAAAGCUGGGCCCAGUGGCAGUGAGCAUCAAGAGGGAAAAGCUGGAGGACAGCAAAGAACAUGGACUUCAGUAUGUCUACCGAAUAAUCUUCAGGACAAGUGAGCUCAUUACAUUAAGAGGAGCAAUCCUGGAGGAUGCAGUUCCAUCAACAUCGAAACACGGUACAGUGCGAGGGCUCCUGCUGAAAGAGGUAUUGGAAUCUGUAAUACCAGAACUGAGCAUUCAGUGUCUGCGGCUGGCAUUCAACACUGUAAAAGUCACAGAACAGCUGCUGAAACUGGAUGAACAAGGGCUCAGCAGAAAACAUAAAGUCGGUAUUCUGUACUGUAUGGCCGGCCAGGGUACUGAGGAAGAGAUGUACAACAAUGAAGAAUCAGGCCCUGCGUUUGAGGAAUUCCUGGAGCAGCUUGGAGAAAAAGUACUACUUACGGGCUUUACAAAAUAUGCAGCUCAACUGGACACAAAAACUGGCUCGACUGGUACGCACUCUUUGUACACAACUUACCAGGACUAUGAGAUCAUGUUCCAUGUGUCCACCAUGCUUCCGUACACCCCCAACAAUCGGCAGCAGCUCCUCAGGAAACGACACAUUGGCAACGACAUCGUUACCAUCAUUUUUCAGGAACCAGGGGCACUACCAUUCACACCAAAGACUGUACGCUCUCAUUUUCAGCAUGUGUUUGUCAUUGUCAGGGCCCAUAAUCCAUGCACUGAGAAUGUGUGUUACAGUGUGGCAGUGACCAGAUCCAAGGAUGUCCCACUCUUUGGGCCACCCAUUCCAGAUGGUUUCUUUUUCGGCAAAUCUGAUGUUUUCCGAGACUUUCUGCUGGCCAAGGUCAUCAAUGGAGAAAAUGCAGCGCACAAAUCUGAGAAGUUUCACGCUAUGGCAACUCGGACUCGACAUGAAUACUUGAAGGACCUGGCGGAAAAUAGUGUCACAAACACCCCUGUGGAAUCUGCUGGAAAAUUUAACCUCAUUUUAUUGACCACCAAAAAGAAGGAGAAAACAAAGCCCCGGGUGGGGGCUGAGCUGUACAGUGCCGGGGCUAUUACGUGGCGAGUUUAUGCACAGGAUUACAGCCAAGGACUUGAGGUGGAGUGCAUUCUUGGGAUCUCAAAUGAAUUCGUUGUGGUUAUCGAACAAGGAACCAAGGAGGUGGUGUUCAACUGCUUUAGUGGGGAUGUCAUAGGCUGGACCCCCGACUCAUCGACGAUCAAAAUUUUCCACGGGAGAGGUGACUACAUUCUUGUAAGAGUGUUAGAGGAGAAUGUGAAUGACAUUAAGGAAAUUGUUCAGAGGUUGAAGAUUGUAACAGAAGGAUGUGAAACCAUUGACAUGACUCUGCGGAGGAACGGGCUCGGGCAACUUGGGUUUCAUGUCAAAUAUGAUGGCACGGUGGCAGAAGUGGAAGAAUAUGGAUUUGCUUGGCAAGCUGGACUAAGACAGGGAAGCCGACUGGUUGAAAUUUGCAAAGUGGCUAUAAUAACGCUAACGCAUGAUCAGAUGAUUGAUCUUUUGAAGACGUCAGUGACUGUGAAGGUGGUCAUUAUCCCACCCCAUGAAGAUGGGAGCCCUCGCAGGGGUUGCUCGGAGUUGUACAAAAUGCACACCAUGGACAUGAAAGGUGAGAAUGACAACAUACCACAUGGGUUGAGACCACCCUACAGAACCAACGCUCUGCAGUGGAGCAGUCCCACAAUUCACAGUGCGUCACUGCCUCAGCGUUGGACAGGAUCUACACACAAUCCGAUAUCAAACUGGAGUCAGACCUCCAAACAACCGGGAAUCCCAGUUGCGUAUAGUGAUUCACAAGCCAAGAACAAGCGACCAGUUAGCUACCCAGAAACUCUGUACAGUACAGCAUCCACUGCUGCAGUUGAAAGAGGUCAGCCAUUUCGUAAUCCUUCCGGAAGCUUCUCUUCACCGGCAUCAGGAGGCAUUCUAUCCAGUCGACGACAAGCUAUUAAUGACAGGUUUGGUGGAGGAGCAAGCCAACGCCCAGUUGCACCUUACGAGUAUCAUAACAGAGAUGAUGUGAUGUCAAGUGGUGACUCUUCAUCUGGAGGAUUUACCAGCCAGGACAGCACAAUUGAGCGAAAUAAGAAUGAUCCUGUGUGGCACAUACCAACCGUGCCCAAAGUGUACUCACCUUCUGGAAACAAUAUCAAUAAACGUCUCCCUCGACAAGAGCUAGCAGGCAAGGAUUCCCCCAACAGACAUUCUAAAGGUGAUGCUCACUACUCCAGCCAGUCAAGUAGCAAUACCCUGUCUAGCAAUGCCUCCAGCAGCCAUAGCGAUGAAAGAUGGUCUGACAACAUGGAGCACAUGGAGGUUGACCUUGAGACCUCUGCGAAAGGAGCAUCCAGUGACAGCGGCAUUGACACCACCCUUCAUGCAUCUAGUUCAUUUGCUUCAGGCACAGCAACAACUAAAUCUGCAAGACCAGCACCGCAGAGAGAGAAACCCCAGAAACCAAUGCAGAGCUCAGCCACCUACUGUGGACUGCAGGAGUACAACAGCCGGGUAUUCGACCGGACACCGCCUCACUUAGAGAGGAGGAGGGACUCCUCACCAACACUCAGCACCAAUGGCCAAAAUAAAGGAUACAGAAUGAAAAUCUGUGGUCCUUCUAACAACAGCAGCACCAGCUUCAGCAUGAACAAUAAUGAAAACAUGCAUCUGAGCACACUAAAUUGCAGACCAGGACAGGUCCCUCAUGUUUACAAGACCCCACCUCCGGAAGUAUCUAAGCCACCGGCAGUGCAUGCCCAGCUCUCGGCCUCUGCCCCCAAAUCUUUCUACUCCUAUCAGAAUGUGAAGAAUAUGUGCCCAACUGGGUGGAAAAAACCAACCGCUACCCCGUGCCGAUCAUCUGGAUUCACAGAAGCAAAAACAACUUCCAGCGUUGCCUCUACGAAUGUCUUUGGACAGCCCAGGUUGCGAGCAUCACUCAGAGACCUCCGAUCACCACGCAAGUCCCACAAAUCAACCCUUGAAGAAGAUUUAAAGAAGCUAAUUUUGCUGGACAACCCUUUGCCAGAGCAAGAUAAAGAAAUGCUUCAUUCUUCACGAAAGACACUGCAGAGGACUCUGUCAGAUGAAAGCAUCUGCAGUGGACGGAGGGAAGCUGGUUUCUCCAGUUCCCAGAUUGCAGCUCUUGACCAGGCACUGCCCAACGAUGUGAUCUUCACCAGCACAUAUCCUUCACAAACACUGCCUACACGCAGAUUGACCCAGCCUCCAGCAGCAAUAAAUCUUGAAAAGAAAUCUAACAUUUCUGCCUCCGAGCUGUCCUUGACUGAUGUACGUGAUCGAAUUCCUGUGCGCCGUAACGAUCCAGGGCUGAUGCCUCUUCCGGACGCAGAGUCCGAGUUGGAAUGGUCCAGUCUGGUCAAUGUUGCCAAAGCGUACGAAGUCCAGAGAGCGGUUUCCCUGUUCUCGCUGAAUGAUGCGUCUGUUGGAUCAGAAGUUGGACCAACUUACACUAUACAUAUGCACAAUACCCUGGAGCGACAGUCCUCCCCCCGAGUGCCACAUAUUUUGAGUGACGAGCCAGCAUUGGCACUAUCUGGGAAAGUCUACCAGCUUGAGAUCCAAUUGAAGCAACUCCAGGACGAUUUGCUAAAGGAGAAAGAGGAUAAAAUUGUCCUGCAGGCAGAGGUGGCGAACCUGAGAGUUAACAAUCAGCGUCUCCAAGAGGAAUCCCUUUCAGCCACCGAGCAGCUGAGGAAAUUUGCAGAAAUAUUUUCCAGCACCAUAGAGAAAAAGUGAACUCCACCAGCCCUCCCACAGAAUCUCAACUCAGUUUAUUUUUCUCUUACAUCAUCUACCUUUUGGAGCAACUGUAACCUGGAGUCACAGUCCACCUCAGUUUGGGGGCAUAGAAUUCUGGAACUUGCUGAACCACAGCAGCCGUUUUACAAAACUUGCAGGUGGUGUUAGCUUUCUGACAGACACUGGAGGUCGAGGGAAGGAUUGUGAGCUGUUCGGAAGCUAGUGGGCACUGCUGACCCUUGCAGAGCCAGCUCUGCCUGUACUUCCUUUCACAUCGUAGAACGGAACUGGUCAGCAAAGAUGGCUUUUCAAUAUCACAGGCAGUAGUUAAGUCUACAAGCGUAACCCUAACCCUUCCUCCCUACUGCCCCAACUCCUGCUAGCUACCAUUCAUCAAUAGUUAUUAUCCAUUGAUAAAUGUUUGAUCAAGUGUCUUCCUCCAAAACUUGGCAGGUUCAGUAAAGACUGUCAGGGUUAUGAGCUUUAGCAGAAACCUUUCAGACAGAAAUUAUGCUUCACUAAGUAUAGGGUGCCCUUUUUUAAAAUUAGCUGUGUUUUUAAAACCUCAUUUUUUUCCUCAAGUGGUUACCAGCUGCAGAAAAACCACAGUGUUUACUCCAGAAUAAACCUGUCUGUCCAUGGGAUCACAAACCAGUAUGUCCCAGUGUAUUCACACCGCAUUUUCCCUGCUUCAUGCGCACAACACUCUAGCUCUCUCGUAUUUUGUGUUCUUUUAAAGUUGCAGGUAGACUUGAGGGGCAAGGCAUCAUCCUCUACAAAUUUUAGGACACGGGGAUGAGAAGGUUCCAAGUCUAACCUUUCAGUCUGUAGCAGCUGGAUUUGGGCUGCAGACUCGAGAGGUGCAGCUGGCUCCUGGACCCAUGGAGGACUGGGUCUGUGGUCCUCAUCAUUGAGUAGUGACUGCCCUUAGGUCUCUUUCCACCCACUACUAAAGAAAAUGCUUUUUGUGUGCAGUCAUAACUACGAUGCUCUCUGCAGCUGACCAGCUCAUCGUCCUAAAUCUGUGUGCUUGGAAAAAUAUCAGCAAGGUUGAAUGGAGGGGAGAGAGGAAAAGGCCACCAAGUAUGUAACAGUUCCCCUCAACGCAAAGCCUUGAAGGAAGAGGUGGGGUGAUCAAAGUGGGACAAGUGGCAAACCAUUUAAAACUGAGUGUAGGAGUUUCAUCAUGAACCAUGUGGUUGCAAUAGUAAUACUAUGCUCUCUGACCCUCUGAUAAUCUGCAAUGCAGUCAAUAGAUUUCAAUAAAGCUAGUUAAUUUUGAAAGUUUUAAUCAAAAGGCUUUGUUUCCAAUAUAUAAGAGAAAGUAAUAUUGCAAAUGAUAUUUAAAAAGCAGUCACCCAGGUCUAACAUUAAUAAUAGGAAGUUAUUAAAGCACUUUCUCUCAGACUAAAUUAUUUUCUAGAAAAUUCCAUUUUAAGAUCGCUCAGGAAGUUUGAUCUAAUAAAUGUAAAUGCUCUUUGUAUACGUUAUAUUUGUAUAAAUUGCUUUAGGUUUUUUUUAAAUUCAAAACUUAAUCAAAAUUGGAAUUACUGAGGUGAAUCAGUGACUACUGAAUAUUCUGGAAUUUUUGUGAUCGUCCCUUUCUCAGGAUUAUACACUGCAGAAAAGACUAUUAUAGAAAAAUCUCAUUGAUUAAACAGGAGAGCCAGCAGCUGAAUGUUAACCUAGAGCUGCCAAGUUGAUGCAGUCAUUUUGAUUUGGUUAAACUACGAUUUUAUAUUUUGUUUGAAAUCUGUUCUUGAAAGGGAAACAGUCUCAAAAUGAGCUGGAACCGGCCCACUGGGUUCCUUUCGUCCCCCUCUUGUGAGGAUCUGAGGGGAAAGAAAAAACACAUGCACCUGUGCUAGUCUGGCUACGGGUUGUCUCAGAGGAUGGGAUCCAACACAGCAAGUCAAUGCCAAUGGCUGGGUAGAGUUUUCACCAGGCCAGGUACCAGCUUGAUGUUCAGCAGUUGUAGUCAGUGACCAUGUGGGAUUUUAGCAUCUCUGUUCACAGGCACCUGUUUAGACACCCCCUGGCUGUUCAACACUGAAACAAUUCUGUUCACAAGCUCUCGUUGUUAUUUUAGGCCCUAUUGUUUCUUGAUCUGUUUCUACACGCAGCCCCUAAUAUUUGUCUGAAUCCAGUGACUAUGAAAUGGUACUGUGUGAAGCAGUCAUGCAAGAAUGCUUGAUACUCAUUCAUCUGAAAUUGUUUUGCUGGAUGUUCUGAGGGGGGCAGUUAACAGCAUUAAUCAAGCUUAACACUUCCACUAAAGGACUGUUGAAUACGUGAAGCACCUGUGCAAAAAUAUUCACAGUGCCAUCUCUCAGAACUGCAGGGUGGAUCGAUUUUUCGUUGUUUGAAAUACGCUGUGUGGUUCCAUGGGGAGCAGCACAGACCUGGCAGAGAGCUCCAAUGAUCCAAUCAAACGGAUGGCACAAACCAUCAGAUCCAUGUGUCGAGCAGUCCGGAGAUUGUUACAAGCUCAGACUUGCAGCUAGCAUAUGUUAGGCAAAAGGAAUGAGGAGAAUCCAAGAUCCGAGGAAGUGUGCUACUGUGGUUAAGGGAUAAUUGAUAUAAUAGAACCUUAUGGUGUGGCCGGUGUCACCUUUGCUGCAAAGUAAACCAUAUUGUUUGUUAGAAAUAGUGUGUUCAUGUGUGUCCAUGAUAAGAGGGUGGAAAAUACUUACUGUAGUUAAACUGCGCUACAUAAGUUAAUACUUUUCAAACUUAAACCAAAAACAACUGCCCUCUAUUGUGACUGUUCCCUUACGGAUAAUGCAGUCCUCUUUACCACUGCGUGCUGACAGCAUGUGAGUUUGCAAUUUCUUGUAUAAACUGGACUACAAAAUAACUUUUUAUAAGACAUUUGCAUAAAUAGCCUAAAUCUGAAGCUGAACAAGUAGGGAAAGAAAUGUUCCAAGCAUUGCAGCUGCAACCAUCAAUGUCUUAAAAAAAAGUUUACUUGGAAUUUUAUCAUUCUGUGUAAUAUUUGUGUAUAAAGAGUGAAGAAGUCUUAAAUUUUAUUGUUUUUGUGUGGUGCAGGUUUUCCAAUGUAUGUUUUCUCUGUGUAGGAUUGUUGAUGUGAUUUUAUUGAUUUUUAUUUUUGGAGGGGGGACAGUUUUUUGAGUAGUGUGUAAUUUAUCCAUUCAUCAUAUUUUAUAAAGACAUCAAGCUUUCAGAUGAGGUUUGUAUUUAAUUUGUGAUCAUUUUUGUCAAUUCAGCUACUCCAUCAAUGAAUCUGCUUUCACGUUUUUUCAUUCCUUUCGCAUGUAUCAGGAAA